GUGUACAAGGAGAAGCUGUAUGGCAAGAAGUACGUGUGGUUCCUGAUUGGCUGGUACGCAGACAACUGGUUCCGCAUCAAGGACCCCAACAUCAACUGCACCGAGGCCGAGAUGGCCGAGGCCGUGGAGGGUCACGUGACCACCGAGAUCGUCAUGUUGAACCCCGAGAACACCCGGAGCAUCUCCAACAUGACGUCCCAGGAGUUCAUCGAGAAGCUCCAGAAGAGGUUGGGGAAGAACCCUGAGGAGACCGGGGGUUUCCAGGAGGCUCCUCUGGCCUAUGAUGCCAUCUGGGCUUUGGCUCUGGCCCUCAACAAGACCUCGACGGAGCUGGUGAAGAAGGGGCUGCGUUUGGAGGACUUCAACUACAACAACAAGAACAUCACCGACGAGAUCUACCGGGCCCUCAACUCUUCAGCCUUCGAGGGCGUCUCGGGACACGUUGUCUUUGAUGCCAGUGGCUCCCGCAUGGCCUGGACCCUCAUUGAGCAGCUCCAAGGAGGUGUCUACAAGAAGAUUGGCUACUACGACAGCACCAAGGACAACCUGUCCUGGUACAACAAUGACAAGUGGAUCGGAGGUGCCCCCCCCGCCGACUACACCAAGGUCAUCACCACCUUCAGGUUCCUGUCCCAGAAGCUCUUCAUCUCCGUCUCGGUGUUGGCCUCCUUGGGCAUCCUCUUGGCCAUCAUCUGCUUGGCCUUCAACAUCUACAACGGGCACGUCAGGUACAUCCAGAACUCCCAGCCCUACCUGAACAACAUGACGGCCGUGGGCUGCACCCUGGCGCUGGCAGCCGUGUUCCCCCUGGGGCUGGACGGGCAUCACAUCGGGCCCGGGCUCUUCCCCCUCGUCUGCCAGACCCUGGAGCCCUGGAAGCUCUAUGCCACCGUGGGGCUGCUGGUGGGGCUGGACGUGGUCACCUUGAUCAUCUGGCAGAUCGUGGACCCCCUGCACCGAACCAUCGAGGUGGGACAGCCUGGGGGGAUAUUUUAUGGCUUCAAGGGUCUCCUGCUCCUCUUGGGCAUCUUCUUGGCCUACGAGACCAAGAGCGUCUCCACCGAGAAGAUCAACGACCACAUGAGGCGCCUGAUCACCCGUGGGGAGUGGCAGUCGGAGCAGCAGGACACCAUGAAAACAGGAUCCUCCACCAACAACAACGAGGAGGAGAAGUCCCGGCUGCUGGAGAAGGAGAACAGGGAGCUGGAGAAAAUCAUUGCUGAG